AUGGCUGAGGAACAGAUGCCGUCGGCCACUUUCGAUACGAUCCUGACCUUGGAUUUCGGAUCUCAAUAUACGCAUCUCAUUACCAGAAGAUUGCGUGAGAUUGGUGUGUACAGUGAAAUGCUGCCAUGCACCACCAAGCUGGCCGACCUUCCAUUCAAGCCCAAGGGAAUAAUUCUUUCCGGUGGUCCCUACUCCGUUUAUGAGGACGGCGCCCCCCACGCCGACCCCGCGGUCUUCGAACUUGGUGUCCCUGUGCUCGGAAUCUGUUACGGCCUCCAGGAAAUUGCCUACAGACUGGGCAAGGAUAACGUUGUCGCCGGUACCGCUCGCGAGUAUGGUCACGCCGACCUCAACGCCAAGAAACUUGACAGCCAGGGACAUGUCGACAAGCUGUUCGCUGGUCUGGAGGAGCACAUGAAGGUGUGGAUGAGCCACGGUGACAAGCUUGUUAAGCUGCCGGAGGGCUUCCACACCAUUGCCACCACCUCGAACUCCGAGUAUGCCGGUAUCGCUCACGAGACCAAGCCUGUAUAUGGCAUCCAGUUCCACCCCGAAGUCACACACACCCCGGAUGGCGCUAAGCUUCUCCGCAACUUCGCCGUGGAGAUCUGCGGUGCUCAGCCCAACUGGACCAUGUCCAAGUUCGUUGACCAGGAGAUUCUUCGCAUUCGCAAGCUGGUUGGUGAGACCGACCACGUCCUUGGUGCCGUCAGCGGUGGUGUCGACUCGACUGUGGCCGCCAAGCUCAUGAAGGAGGCCAUCGGUAAUCGCUUCCACGCCGUGCUCGUCAACAACGGCUGCAUGCGUCUGAACGAGUGCGAGACCGUCGCCGAAACCCUGAACAGACACCUUGGUAUCAACCUGACUGUUGUUGAUGCGUCGAAGCGGUUCUUGGAUGGCCUGAAGGGCGUCACCGAUCCCGAGAAGAAGCGUAUGUUCAUCGGUGGUACCUUCAUCGAUGUCUUUGAGGAGGAGGCCGAGAAGAUCGAGGCUGAGGCCGAGCACUCCGGUGCCAAGAUCAAGUGGUUCCUCCAGGGCACUCUCUAUCCCGAUGUGAUCGAGAGUAUCUCCUUCAAAGGUCCUUCUGCUACCAUCAAGACACAUCACAAUGUUGGUGCGCUGCCAAAGCGCAUGAUCGAGGGGCAAGGAAUGAAGCUUAUUGAGCCUCUCCGCGAGCUCUUCAAGGACGAGGUUCGCCAGCUUGGUAGAGAGUUGGGCAUUGCCCACGAACUCGUCAUGAGACAUCCCUUCCCUGGACCUGGUAUUGCCAUUCGUGUCUUGGGCGAGGUUACCCCCGAGCGCGUCGACAUUGCCAGAAAGGCCGACCAUAUCUUCAUCUCGAUGAUCCGUGAAGCUGGUCUGUAUGACCAGAUUUCUCAGGCCUAUGCCGCUCUUGACCCCAGCAAGGCUGUCGGUGUCAUGGGUGACAAGCGUGUCUACGCCGAGAUCAUCAUUCUGCGCGCCGUCGAGACCACUGACUUCAUGACCGCGCGUGCAUUCCCCUUCGACAACGAAUUCCUGAGCCGAUGCGCCACCCGCAUCAUCAACGAGGUCCACGGUGUGUCUCGUGUCCUCUACGACAUUUCCAGCAAGCCUCCUGCCACCAUCGAAAUGGAGUAA